AUGAAACAGCAGAAGCUCAUGGACGACAAGCUCCACUACGUCUUCGACAACAACGGACUCCCCCUCAUCCCCUCUUAUGUCGCCAUCUUCAACAAUCCCUCCACUUCGUCCAACAACAAUACCAACACCACACAAAUCCUAUUCGGUCAAGAAGCAAAAGAUCAACUCACCACCAACCCCCAAAACACGAUCUUCAACUGGCAACGUCUAAUCCGCCUCCCCUACGGCAACCCAAUCGUCCAAUCCGAAAUCAAACGUGUCCCCUACAAUAUCGUCUCUUCCGUCCUUACCCCACCACCACCACUAACCGCAAACUCCUGUCCCAACCUAAACCAUUCACCAGCACUCAAACGCGCGUCUUGCACCCAAGAAGAAGACGACAACAGACACUUCCUAGGCCACGCCAUGAUCCAAAUCCCGGCACACGUACCCACACUCCACCACCUCUACAGACCAGAAGAACUCACCGCUCUCCUCGUCUCCCACCUCAAGCACCUCGCCGAGACCCAAGCCGGCAUAAACUUCACAUACACCGUCGUCACCAUCCCGAGCGAUGACACCCCGGACCAAAGAUAUGCCCUCGAUGAGGCUAUUGAGGCUGCAGGAUUGUAUCGCCUGAGACUGACCAGACGACACCUCGCGCCAUAUUUGGCCUAUCAAUUGGAUGCGGACCAGCUGGGUGUUGCUAAUGUUAUGAUGGUGAAUUUGGAUCCGGAGUAUUUGGAGGUUGCGUUGGUGGAGAUGGAUGAAGGAGUAUAUGAGACUUUGGCGAUUCUUGAGCGAACGGAAGUGAGGUAUGAUGGUGAGGCGGCGAAUCGACUGGUGCUGGAGUACCUUGUCGAUAAGCAUUUCAGCCGGGCGAGAGGCGUCACUGCUACUGGAUUGUUGGACAAAACUCUGCAACAACACACCUUUGAGCGACAGCAAGGUAACCACGACAACAAGCAGCUUCGCCGAGACAAGCUAUUUAACGACACCACAGCAAUGAAACGACUGCACAACGAGAUUCUCAAAGCCACCGCCAUUUUCCUGGAACCAUCUCCAUCACACUCAAAAAAAUUGGUCCGCAUCGAGAUCCAAUCCUUCUUCGAGUCACACGACCUUUCAGAAGACCUGACCUUCUCUCAAUGGCAAGACCUACGCCAGUCAACCUUGACAGCCCUCCUACCGACCGUACAAAAAGUCCUUGAAAGUCUCCCUGAAUACGAUACCAGUAUCAACACCGUUAUCGUUGUUGGUGCUUCGCCCUUGGUUCCUGACGCGACCCGGUUGCUGAAGUCGUAUUUCCGAGGCAGAGGGAAGGAUGGAAAGGAGGUGAGAUUCCCAACAGGAAUUGAUCCUGCUCUGGCGAUGGUCCAAGGUAUGGCUGUUGUUGUGGAACGACUUACUCCGCGCUACGACCCGUUGGAACGGUCAUGUGUGCUAUAUGGGUAA